AUGGCUUCCGCAGACGACAAUCACAAGCCCGUCUCCGUCCACCUCGUCAUCGCCAUCAUCCUGGCCGUUCUCAUCUUCCUCAACAUCCUCAUCGGCAUUGUCUAUCUCCUCAUCCCCAAAGACUGGCUCGAAUGCCACGGCGCUGCCCACCGACGAGCCGCUGCCGCUGCCGAGGAUGGUGGCGGAUUCUACCACCGAGCUCGCCGCAAUCCUCACCACGGCUAUCACGUGGCCAGAUCCAUCUACAUUUCUGGCUCCGAGGGCCAGCAGGUGACCAUCAUCAACGGUGUCGUCGAAGUGGAUGACGAGCUUGAUGUGUGGGCGUACUGGGCUACUGAUUCUGAAGAGACCCUUCGAGGAAUCCCUCUCAACACCGCCCAGCCGCAGUAUCAGCCUCAGAACCAGUACGGCAUGCACAACGACGGCGUAAUCGCAGCUAGAGCUACGCCUGCUGGUACCGUCAUGGCCUCCAACUACGACUAUCGCCACAGUUACGAACAGGAUACUCCCGAAAUGCAACUCACCUCUGACGGCAUCAUCACCAGUACCCCUGGCCAGCGAGGGCUCGUCCUCGAUCUGGCAGGAUACGAUGUCCAGCCGCCCAUGGAAUCUGCCCCUGACCGAGUCGUCACUCGCGCUCCUCUUGCUCGUAACAUUGAUGUCUUCCCGCCCCCACCGCACACGCCAUCCACCGUUCGCACUUGGGGAAGAGAUAGUGAUGCCACUAUUCGCCCUGUGGUAGAGAGUCCACGCAGAGAGAUUGCUGGAGCGAGAGACAAGAGGAACAGCAGACAGGCACAGAGGGAAGAGUGUCUCUGA